UUCGUGUUUUAAUUCAUCGCCUGUGCUUUUUCCCACACACACGCCUGACUGAAUGGUUAAUGUGUGGUUAAGUAAUCCGGCACUAAUCUCGCAAAUACAGAAUAGCACCAGAAUCCAAAUCAGAGUAGUGCAGGGGAUUAAAUGUAGUUUACCUUUAUUCCAACACAUGACCUGAACAGCCCUGUCCCGUAAUGCUCCAUUGGAAAGCUCCACCCAUUCCUUUGACUAGAAUAGUGCACACCACACAAACUCCAAGUUCAAACUUUACUCUCCUCUUAGCCGACAUGGGUCUGAGCCAGCGCAAAGUUUUCCGAGGGGAAUCUCAGGUUUCUAUUCCACCGAUUGCGGGCUGCGUCGCCUCGCCAGACCGCGAAAGCGAAAUAAAAACCGUUUACACAGUUAUGCAUUAAUCAGUGCGCGUCUUCUAAGCGGCUUCAAGGCAAAAUCUCUGUUGUCCCCAAAUAAACGCGGACAAAUCAACGUGUCGCCAACCUGCCCGCUGUGAUGUCCAGAGCAGAGAGGACGAGUGCAAGCUCGGGCAAUGUUUCUCUUGGACGGGACCUCGAUCAUCGCAGGUUCACUGUUGAUGGCUGUCCUAGCAGAGAGUCCCCGUUCGCUUUGGAGCUCAGUCCGAGGAAGAGGCUGCCUUCGGCGGAGGGUGCUCAGUGCGGCAGGCGCCCACCCCCGGAGGGCGCCGGCGCUGUCACCGUGUCGGAGUCGGGCCAGUUCGAGAGAAGAGAAGGGAAGGGCAACUUGUGCAAGCAAUGUCAGCUGAAAGUCACGGAACUGAAAAGACAAGCUCUCUCCUUAGCCGACCCCGGGUCACUAAAGGACCCAGGCUUCGCCACCUUCCUGUUCGACAAGCUGCAGGCGCCCGAGGGCUUCACGGGGAGGCAUGAGGACGCGGCCCGCUGCCAGGCCUGCGCCACCCCGCCGCACCAGCUGAGACAGCGGGCCCUGCAGAUGGUGGUGGCCCUGGCCGACGAUGUCCCCGACCUGCCGCCCUUCUCGGGACUGCCGGGGGCCGCCCAUGGUGUGCUGGCUCUCCCAUCGGCCCACGACUGGCCGCCACCCAAGGCUGGCACGGUACUUCCUGCUGGGGAUCGGUGCCGGGGGCCCGGGUGGAGACCGGGGGGUAUCGAAGGACCAAAGUCAGCUGUCCUCGGCUCUGUCACCAUCCAAGCCCGACAGCACUUGGAGGGAAUGUGGAACAUUUCUCGUGUCAACAAUUUCCUUCCUCAGCCAGGCCCGAGUCAAGGCCUGACCGUGGAGGUGGGGAGGGAGAGCAUGUGCCCUGAGGUCAUCAGCAUCAAUGGCCCAGUGGCCCCUGCCCUGCUUCGGAGCCCCCCCCUGCGAGAGCGGACUACACCCACACCUCAAACCUCUACACCGAGCACCUCUGCUGCUGCCUCCUUCUUCAUAAGGUGA